CCCUCAGUGGCUUACCAUGACGUCCAGUCUGUACAGAGAGGAUGAGGAUGAAGCAACAUCACAGGACUGCGCAGAUGAAGAUGCGCCAUGAGCUGAAGACGUGUGUGAGAUAUGGAGUACCCAGGGACAUUGAAGCAUAUCCGUCAACUUACUAAAGUCUUCAAGCAUCUUUAUCUAUUUAUAUAUCUGAGAAUGGAGGACAAGCAAAGCCAUGAAGAAAGCCUUGCAUGCUCAGAAAUUCUGACAGGGGGCGACAAAGAAAGCAAUAAUAAUACACCUGGAACUGGUGAAAGUAAAGGAAAAGCUGGCAAGAAAAAAAAAUGUUUUAGAAAUAAGCAAAAAUCUGAUCGGGCAUCUUCUGACCAAAUUGUUACACAACAUAACGCUUCUUAUCAGCCAUCUGACAAAGAACAACGCUUAAAGCCCAAGAAGACAUGUAACCAGUCAACCCAGACAGAGACUCUUGCAAACAUCUUUCACAACCAGACUACUGAUACUCUUUCACUCAAGCACAUUCCUACACGGCCUACCGAAUCAAAAUCAACCCAGACACUACCUGCCGGCCAUUCAUUGUGUGAAGACAAGAUGUCUGUACAUGAAGGCCAGGACUGUGCUCCUGACCAGAGCAGAAACCCUGAGCAGCUCUCUGUGCUCACCUGGAACAUAGAUGGCCUGGAUCCUGAAGAUGCCAAAGAACGUCUCUCAGGCCUGUUGCUGAAUUUAAAAAAGUAUCAUGCAGAUGUAGUCCUGCUGCAGGAGCUUGUUCCACCCUACCUCGAGAUUUUAAAAGAGAUCUUGACAGAUUAUGAGUUUCUGUUAGGAAAUGAAGAUGGGUAUUUUACUGGAAUUCUGCUACGAAGGUGCAGAAUUGAAUUAGUUCAGAGCAACAUUGUGAAAUAUCCCACUACAGAAAUGGGAAGGAAUCUGUUAAUUGCCGAGGUAAACUUCUCAGGCUAUCAGCUUUGUUUUAUGACCUCUCACCUGGAGAGCUUAAAGGCCAGCUCACAGGAGCGCAUGAACCAGCUGCGCAGAGUCUGGAAGAGGAUGAGGGAGGCACCAGACAGCCAGACAGUCAUAUUUGGAGGAGACACCAACUUGAGAGACCGGGAGGUGCAGAAGUUAGGAGGUACCCCUGAGGGUAUAACGGAUGUGUGGGAGAUGCUCGGACAACCUGAGAACUGCAGGUAUACCUGGGACACUGUUAAGAACAAUAACAAAGAACUCCCUUUCCCUGCAUGACUGCGUUUUGACCGCAUUUACAUGCGAGCAGCUAGAGAGGGCGCUCGUCUACGGCCAGACACCAUGACACUGGUGGGUCUGAAGAGAUUGAAAUGCGGCAGUUUCACCAGCGAUCAUUGGGGUAUUCUUUGCAUGUUUUCUUAUGAGCCUAUCAGUGUAUAGGCUUUUAUGAAGGUCUUCUUUACAUUAUUUGACAGCAUAAAAGCUGGAACCUGUUUUGGGGUGUUGUUUAAUUUCAUUACUGAAAGUAAACAACCUUUUUCCUUUUUAGGUAUCCUUUUAGGUAUAAUUUGUCAUUUAAUAUAAGAGAAAUAAUUAUUAUGUAAAACAAUUAACACUAUGUUAUAAUAAUCUUGCUACUGUUUUUAGAUACUGUGUUCAUGAUUUUUUUCCCCCACUGGAGGGCACUCUAUAGCAGCUGCUUUUUGAGCCCUCCACACUUGCAUCUGUAUUUACAGUGUUUCUAAUUCAGUAUUGCCAAUGUUGUUUGUAGAAAUCCACACACACCAGGGAAUAGAAAAGAGCAAUUAUAAACAUCAAUAACAGAUCAUAUAACAUUAUACUGCUGCUUUACUCAGAAUAUAUCGAGCUACACUUACAAGUAAAGUGAUGUGUAUUGUUAAGUGCACUGACAGACAUAUUUGAUUCAUUUUCCCAAUUUCAUUUUAAGAAAUUGCAUCAUCCUUAGCCAGAAUCAGCAUUACGGUUUUAUUGCCAUGCUUUGCAGCAAGGGAUUUGUUUUCUUUCAGUUACCUUUUGCAGGCAACACUGGACAACCUUGUCUAAACAGAUGGAUGGGAAUAAUUCUUUGGUGGGGAGUUAGGAAACAGGGCCCUGUGUUUUCAUUUGGAAAAUUGAUUUGGACCUCAUCUUCUCUGCUGCUUAAUCCAAACAGAAUUGAAAUAUGCUGGUAAAGUCUACUGGAAAUCAGGAAUGAUGGCAGGCUGUCAGCAAGAAUAAUUAUUUGUCAUUGGAGUUUUGCGGAAAUGGGUUAGCAAAGAGAAAUGUAUUUGCACAUUCUGUAUCAGAGCUCUGUAGAUGGUCUGUGUCCAUUUCCAGUAUAUAGCACAGCUCACACCAGUGGGGAUGCCUUUCUCUGGUUUUCAUAUUUCUCAUGUUCACAAUGUGUAAUCAUAACUUGUUAUAAAUGGAAAAUUGUUCUGUCCUAAGUGUUAAAUCCUAAAUUGCUGUAAUCUUUUGGUUGGACCUGCAUGUUUAAAAAAUAAAAUAAAAUAAAGUAACAUACAUUUAAUAUCAAA